UGGCGUUUAAAUUAUCGAUAAUGUAGGGUGUUUUUCGUUUUAGUUGCGUUUUUAAGGUUAUGUUAUGUUAGUAAUAAACAACUAAUUUAAGUAUAUAAAAAAUGUUUGAAGCACAAGAAAUAAACGCAGAACAUAAAGAUCUUAUUCACGAUGUCGCUUAUGAUUUCUACGGUCAAAGAAUGGCAACAUGUUCAAGUGAUCAAUAUGUUAAGGUUUGGGAUCAAACUAAUAAUGGCACAUGGUCCUUAACAUCUAGUUGGAAAGCCCACAGUGGAUCAGUUUGGAAAGUAACUUGGGCACAUCCUGAAUUUGGUCAAGUUUUAGCUACUUGUUCGUUUGAUCGAACAGCUGCAGUUUGGGAAGAAAUUGUUGGUGAUAAUCCCGGUCCUGGAGAACGAGGAGCUAGAUAUUGGGUUCGAAGAACAAAUUUAGUAGAUUCAAGAACUUCAGUUACUGAUGUUAAAUUUGGCCCGAAAACUUUGGGUUUAGUUUUGGCUACUUGCUCAGCUGAUGGUUUAAUUCGUAUUUAUGAAGCCCCUGAUGUUAUGAAUUUAAGUCAAUGGACUUUGCAACAUGAGGUUACUUGUAAACCAUCAUGUAGCUCUUUAAGUUGGAAUUAUAGCUUCUCAAAAGCUCAUGCCCCCAUGCUUGCUGUUGGUUGUGAUGAUAGUAACCCAGCCUCUGGUGGUAAAGUAUUCAUUUUUGAAUAUAGUGAAAACAUACGAAGAUGGACUAAAGUUGAGACCAUAAAUAGUAUAACUGAACCUGUUCAUGAUUUAGCUUUCUCUCCAAAUUUAGGGAGGAGUUAUCAUGUCUUAGCUGUAGCUACUAAAGAUGUCAGGAUCAUUAAUUUGACUCCUAUUAAUGAUAACAACUCCCUUCAAAGUGGCGUCUUUAAAUUAGAAGUACAAACAGUUGCGCAAUUUGAUGAUCAUGCAAGCACUGUUUGGAGAGUUUGUUGGAAUGUUACUGGAACUAUUUUAGCUUCAACUGGGGAUGAUGGUUGUGUUCGAAUGUUUAAAAUGAAUUAUAAAAAUUCUUGGAAACCAGUAGCUGCGUUAAAAGGGGAUGGAUCUCAAGUUACAAAUGAGAUGAACAGAUCUUCAGUGGGAUCAUCCUCAACUGGGCUUCCAACUCCUCCAAUUAAUCAAACUGCUAAAUAUAUUAAGUUGGGUUCAAUUUCUAGUCCAAGAGAUGUUCCUUGGCAUUAAAUUUUCUUUCUUUGUUGAUGAUUUUAAUAAAAAAAAGUAUACAUUUUGUAUUUAGGUACUGUUAUUAUUUAUACAAGAAUUUUCCUAAAAAAAAUAUGUUAACAUCAUGUUCUGCGUCUCAUUAGUUUUUUACUUCAAUUAGUUAUUUUUAUUCUUUCAUUUUAUAGAUGAUUCAGUUCAUAAUUGCUAUUUUAGCUGAAUGUACUAAAUGAUGUUUUAAUAGCUGCUGAUAUCAAAUAACAAAUGUAUUCCUCUCUAUUCAAGUAAUAUUAACGUUCAUUGCAAGUGUUUGAUCUAUCUGUUCAGUGUCUGUUCUUUGUAUAAAUACAAAAGUUGUGCUUAUA